AUGUGUCCUCCCCACAUGGCCUCACCUCUGCCGCUCACCACGGAGGCCGCCCCUUCUGACAACAGCAGCUCCUUCUACGACUAUGAGGACUACCUGGACCAGGUGGCCUUCAUGCUGUGCAUGAAGGAGGAGGUGCUGUCCUUUGGCAAAGUCUUCCUGCCAAUCUUCUACAGCCUGGUCUUUGUGCUGGGCCUGGGCGGGAACCUCCUCCUCCUCGUGGUCUUGCUCCGGUACGUGCCUCGCAGGCGGAUGACUGAGGUCAACCUGGCCUUCUCCAACCUCCUGUUUGUGGUGACGCUGCCUUUCUGGAGCAUCACCGUGAUCUGGCAUUGGGUCUUCGGGAGUUUCUUGUGCAAGAUGGUGAGCGCCCUCUAUACCAUUAACCUCUAUAGCGGCAUCUUCUUCAUUAGUUGCAUGAGCCUGGACAGGUACCUGGAGAUCGUCCACGCUCAGCCCCACCCCAGGCUGAGGACGCCGGCCAGGCGCCGGCUCCUUGCUGCGAUGGUAUGGGCUGCGGCCCUGGUCGUCUCCAUCCCUGACGUGGUCUUUGUGCGGACUCAUGAAUACCCCACGGGUGUGUGGAACUGCUAUCCUGAUUUUGGGGGGCAUGGGACCCCCUGGAAGCUCUUACUCCGCUUCCAGCAGAACCUCCUGGGGUUUCUCCUUCCGCUCCUUGCCAUGAUCUUCUUCUACUCCCGCAUCGCCUCUGUCCUGGUCAGAGUGAGGCCGCCAGGCCAGGGCCGGGCUCUGAGGAUAGCCGCAGCCCUCGUGAUGGCCUUCUUCGUGCUGUGGUUCCCAUACAACCUCACCUUGUUUCUGCACUCAUUGAUGGAUCUGAAAGUCUUUGGGGACUGCAAGGUCAGCCAGCACCUGGACUAUGCCCUGCAGGUAACAGAGAGCUUCGCCUUCUUCCACUGCUGCUUCACCCCCAUCCUGUAUGCCUUCUCCAGCUGCCACUUCCGCCAGUGCCUGAAGGCUUUCCUGGCCACCGCGCUUGGGCGGCACCAGGCACCUUGCCCUGCCCAGGCCCCGCUGUCCAGCUCUUCUGACAUUAGCAACCUCACUGCUCAAGAAGAAAUGACCAGCAUGAAUGACCUUGAAGAAAAGCAGGCUGAGGACUUCCCCACUGACGGGGAGGUAGGGGGAAAUGAAGCUUAA